UUUAAGAAGUCAGGGAGCAGGGUGCAUUGCAUCGCGCAGCAUUGCAACAGCAGGGUGGGGCGCAGACGGCAUGGACUAUAAUAAAACACUGUACAGACUUCCUUGUUGAAUCACUGUAAAAGAGGGCAGUUUUGUGUGCAGCAUGUCCGCCGCUGAGUGGAAGAAGAAAUGCGAGGCUGAGUGGGGCUUGCAGGGCGCAGCGCUGCCCGACAGGCUGGACUGGAAGUCCGUGUACGAGGCCAAGCCGCUCGGGAGAAAUUUGCUGAGGAACCCUGCGCCUCACGGGUUGAGUAAAGACACCCCCCCUCCUGAACCCGAGCUGACCGGGGUGCCCAGAGAUGAACCUCCUCGUUCUGUACCUGAAGGCGACUUCACCGGCUGGACCACGAGCAGCGAGAUCCUCCCCGAAGACUCCAGCGGCAUACCAGCAGGCGUUGUUGUCUGCUAUUUGCCCCAGUACAGCUGGUUCUCCAUGGAGCAGCUUGUGGACCUGAAGGCCGAGGGACUGUGGGAAGAGCUGCUGGAUGAUUUUCAGCCUGACAUCGUCAUCCAGGACUGGUAUGAGGAGAGUCAGGUGCACGAGUCCAUCUACCAGCUGCAUGUGAAGCUGCUGGGCGCUGACAAAAGCACGGUGAUCUCAGAGCACAGCGUCAGCCCCACCGAGGAUCUCAGCACUUACUCACACACCUGGAAGGAGGUGUCACACGUGUUCUCCGGCUACGGCCCCGGCGUGAGAUACGUCCACUUCCUGCACCGGCUGAAGAACAAGUUCAUGGUGGAGUUCUUCCCCACGCUCUUCACCGGCAGCUCAGUGAUCGUCAGACCAACCAGAUCCAACCACUAGUCUGAACCCUGCUCCAAGCAUUUAUGCUGACAUAAUGGUCAUCCUGCUGAACCCAAUCAACACAUAUUUGCCUUUGCACUAAAAAUGUUUAUGUUUACUUUGAUUCAUUGCAUUUAUAGUCAUUACAAAGUGCCUAAUCAACAGCCAUUCCCUUUGCAUUAGAAAGCUGAUUGUCUAGUUUGAUUUUGUUUGUUUGUUUGUUUGUUUGUUUGUUGUUUGUUUUUUUGCAUUAACUGUUGGUCAUUUUGAGAAUAAUAAA